AUGCAGCCCCUUAUCCUUCUGGUUGUUUUGGCUUUGGCUUCGGGCAUGGUAUGCCUCUUGCAGGUUGGGCGCAGACCAAAGAACUAUCCUCCCGGGCCUCCGACCCUACCAAUUCUGGGAAAUAUCCAUCAGAUGCCCUCUCGCGACGCACACCUCCAAUUUGAGAAGUGGGCAAAGGAAUAUGGCCCGAUUUACAGCCUCAUGUUGGGCACGAAGACCCUAGUCGUCCUAUCGAGCCCAGAGGCCGUCAAAGAGUUGUUGGAUCGGAGAAGUGGUAUCUACUCAAGCAGGCAAGACAUGUAUAUCGGUCAGACCCUCUGCAGCGGAGGCUUACGGCUCCUCAUGAUGCCCUACGGAACAACUUGGCGAAUGUACCGCAAGAUGUUCCAUAGCUUGCUUAAUAUCUCGGCAGCUAGGUCUUACGUCCCGUAUCAAGUGCUUGAAAACAAGCAAAUGUUAUACCAAAUCCUGUUGCAACCGAACGACGUCUUGAAGCACAUUCGCCGAUACUCUAACGCCUUGACUACCUCAAUGGUUUUUGGUUGGCGAACGCCGACUUAUGAAGACCCAAAAAUGCAACAGCUUUUCACCGAAUUUGCCAAAUUUUCCGACCUGAAUCAGACGGGCACGGCAGCUCUCAUUGAUUUCUUUCCUCUCCUAAGAUAUCUACCGAGCUUUUUAAACCAGACACAGAAGAAAGCUCAACAGCAUCACCAGCGCGAAAAGAAGCUCUAUCUAGAACAUUGGCUAAACGCAAAAUCGGCUAUUGCGGAAAGUACUAUCAAGCCAUGUUUCUGUGUCGGCAUGGCUGAGGCGCAAAGGGUCGACGGCUUCAGUGAUGAGCAGGCCUGCUACACAUCGGGUACCCUCCUCGAAGCCGGGUCGGACACAACCUCAAGCACCCUCUACGGGUUCGUUCAAGCUAUGGUUCUAAAUCCCGAGGCUCAAAAGAUGGCUCAAGAUGAAAUUGACCGAGUGAUUGGCCCUGAUAAACUUCCGACUAUGGAUGAUGAGGCAGAUCUACAAUAUGUCCGCCAAUGUAUGAAGGAGGCGCUAAGGUGGAUGCCGACAACUAUUAUGGGCGCUGUUCCACAUGCAGUAACGCAAGACGACGAGUAUAUGGGCUACCUGAUCCCAAAAGGUGCUGGCGUAAUGAACAAUGUGUGGUCGAUCCACCGUGACCCUGAGCGAUACCCUGAGCCUCGAAAGUUCGAUCCCUCUCGGUAUGACAACGACACACAAAGUCUCGGCGACUCGGCUGCGAACCCGGACCCUCGAAAGCGCGACCAAUUCACUUUUGGAGCUGGACGUCGCAUCUGUCCCGGCAUUCAUGUCGCGGAACGCAGUCUUUUCCUCGGCAUCUCGCGCAUGUUGUGGGCAUUCAACAUUGAGCCGGCUCAACAAGAGAACGGAUCCCCGAUCUAUCCGGACCAAGAGCGACUUACGCAAGGAUUUGUGUGCGCGCCUGAACCGUUUCCUGUCCGUAUUGUUCCAAGGUCCCAAGCACGUGCAGAUCUAGUCACAAAAGAGUGGAAAGAGGCGGAAACAGAACUGUUGGAUCCUCAAACGAAACAGUGGCGCGAGUCACCAGUUGCGUCAAUCUCAUAUUCCAGCAAAACGAAGUAA